CAGGAUUCAUGCUUGUCGGCCGGCAGACAUUGCCAACCUCGCUCCGCUGCCACAGCAUCGAGCGCCCGUCUCGAACACUAACCUGGUCGACCGCCAGGCUUUGUUAUUUCUAUCAAUCGACGCACCACGAGCGAGCACCACGGCCCAGUCAACUUUAAAUCGCACACUGUGCUGCUGGCGCCAGACCCCCAAGGACACAGCGAUGGUGAAGCAAGUAAAGGGCGGCUAUCUCCUGCGUCACAGAAAGCGGCUGUUCGGCAAGGCGUGGCGCGAGGAGUGGGUUGUCCUCUACGAAGACAGCACCUUGGCGUGGUUCAAGGAGAAGGGCCGCGGCGAACCCGAGGGCACCGUCCUCGUCAAGGAUGCGCCGGAGCUGCUCGCGGUCAGCCACUGGACCCUGCGCAUCCCUUGCAGACCUGACCUGCCCGGCCAGUGCCACGUCACUCAGGUCAUGGCCUUCGGCACCCGCAGACGUGACAAGGUCCAUUGGUUCUUGGCUCAGUCUGAGGAUGAAGUCAAUGACUGGAUGACGGCCAUCAGCAAUACGUUGCCACCACCACCGCAACCAGUAAAACUUCCUGAUGAGAAGACUGGCGAUAAAUCUUUAGAGGAACAUCCAGCUGAAGCCAGAUUACCACCGACCAUACCUUACUACACGUCCAUUCCGGGUGAGGUGCCACCACCUUACACGAUCGCGACCAGCGGCCACGAAUACGCUCAAAUCGGCCCCCCAGCGGCGGCCAGGGUGGCCAACCACCAGCAGUCGCUACCGUCCGUGCCGGCGGCGGCCAAGUCGGGCAUCGGGGACGUGAGCACCGGCCUGAUGAUGGGUGCGGCCCUGACCAACUGGGGCCACGGCCUCGGUUGGGGCGGCGGCUGGGGCUGGGGUCACGAGACGCACAGUGGCCACUGCGUGUCGCACCAUGAGCUGACGCACUACGUCGAGGACGACUUCAACGACUUCGACGACGCAGACUACGGCAUGGACUGCAGUGGCGACUUUGGCUUCUAAGUCCCUCGCCGGAGCACAGAGGGUUGGGUCCGCGAAGGCCGGCAGGUUUGCUCGCUUGGCGAAUCUUUCAAAAAAAUUGUUUCACACCCUGGAAGAAUUGCUAUUCACGAGUUGUUUAUUAACCCACAUAUAAUAUAAAUGAUAGCGGUAAAAAUUUGACUUGAUUGCGUUGUUGAGUUUGAAAAUUUGCCAUGUUUGCAACUCGAUUUGAUCGAUUUAGUCAAGGGAGAAAACCCGUGAAUGAAUCUCACUGAUGUCUUUGAAUGCAUUUUUAAGCGGGGCACGCGUCAGCAGGCAAGGGAAAAUCAAACAAAUUUGUAAGACACCAGAAAGAGGUGUGCUUAAACACCUUUUAGUAUUUUUAUAUGAACAAACUGGGAAACCUUUGGUCACAGCACGAUCGAGUUUAAAACACUAUUCUUCUGCGCUCUUGCCAGAGUGUCCGCGAGCAUUUCUCAAUGUAUUGUACAUUACACUACUACGCCAAUGUCUUGUUAUUGCAGUUGUAUGAUUUUUAACGCCACUCUUUGCCACAGAAAUGGAAACAAAAUAAUCCGCGAACUUAAACGUUGAGAGCAUGCUGGUGGUAUGAGUAACAUCCUGUUUGUCACACCACACUCACCCUAUAAAAACAAACAACACACACUCUACUCCAUUUAGGCCUAUAAAAUUGAAGUCUAUUUUUAACAGACGAGAAAUUUCAAACCGAGCAAACACUAGGAAGAAUUUUUAUGGACCAAGUGUAUCGUAGACUGUAAGAUCUUUCGAUUUAGAAUACACGAUUUUUGUAUUAAUCCAUUGUUAUUGAUUAAUAUACAUUUACAAUAUAUAUAGGGAACCUGUUUUCAUAGCAGCUGUGUUCCUUCUUCUCAUGCUGAAGGUGCUUGACACCAUAAAUAUGUUGUUUGGAAGAUGUGUUUGCAGCUCGCAAAUGCAUCUCUGAGUCAGUCAUCAGUACAUUAGUCAGAAACUUUUUCGAGUGAACGAUCGCGUGCGAAUGUUGUAAAUGAUGGAAAUUUUGUCAAUAAAAUGAAAAGAGCUUUUCAAAAACAUGUUCAAAACAACCCAUUGGUUAAAGAGGUGGAUUCAUGUUGUCUCAAAGUGUGAGUGCUAGCGGUGUGAUGCAAAAAAGCGAAAUAUUCAACAUAGAUGCUCUGUGAUCCCCGGUUUUUGUAUAUUAAUAUGUGGAUUACGUGUCGUGGAAAAUGUAUCCGGAUCUAUAUUUACUCUUAUUACACAAACGCACUUGCAGUAACUAGUGUAUAAAUACAAUAUUAACGGUCUCUCUCGCGUUCAUUGUGCAGCUAGCACCUCUCAAAACUAAUAAUGUUAAGUGGUUAAGUGCGCAUGUAUAUUAAGUAAUAAUGUGUAAGACCGGCCCGUGUACCGAUUAUACUCAUGUAUAUUUAACGAGCGGUCAUUAAAGGCAAGCAAACUCUGUAUCAAUUAAUAAGUGAGUCAAUGUGUUGCCGGAACAACAAUAUGGAGUCACAAUUAGAAGUAAAACUCAGGAAGUCAAACUAGUCGUCAUGGAAUUUCGUAAGGGCUGCUCCGAUUCCAUGGAGUUAGAAAUCUGAUUGUCCAUUUGCUGUCAACAUGUUGUGUAAUUUACGUUCACAAUGGAAGAAAACGCACACAAAUGUUCACUCGUUCUUUGAGACUUUUGUUCCAGUUCCCGUGCCAACUUUUUCGACCUUCCAAUCGAAACUUGCAGCAUGCAUAGAGCAGAAUUUCGAAAGAUGCAGUACUGCCAUGAACAAGUUUUCCACUACUCAGCAAACCGUAUAUCUUCCACGUCUAAUUUAAAAGACUUAAUUUUAUUUUAACGCUGAUGCACACUUCUAAAAAUUAUUUUUCUCAAUUUAAAGAAAUAUUUGAUGUGUAACUUUCUGGAAACUAUGACAUUGGCUAGGUUUUAACCCUCAUACACACGUGUGCAUCUAACUGGUAACGCUCACGCCUAGAAGAGAGGAAAUAUAAUGUUUUUUAUGUCUUAACAGGCAGCGUUACAAUGAGUAAUGUUGUUGUGGUUUUAAUCCCGCCGCUACAUCCCCAACUACUGUAUAUGCAAUUGAUUGAUUGCCGAAUCUAUUCGCAGUUGUUUGUAGUGAAGAGAGAUAUCUUGUACAUAAAAACGUCCCCCGCACACUCAGACACAGCUAAAUAUCAAAGUUGUUAGAGGGAAAAAAACAACUGAGGGAAUGAGAAAGCAGCACGCUGGGUAUUUUCCUUCUCCAACGCCAGCCAGCCAUGGAGAAGGAAAUUUUCCGCGCUCUUUGGGCAUGUUUUUUCCAAGAGAGAGUAUACAAGUUGAGAGCCCAUGUGCAAUAAAAUGAGUGUUGAGAUCAACUUAAGUGAGCCUCUCGCAAAAUAUAGUUGCCUGUUUGUUGUUGCAAUUGCUCUUUGAAUGUUAGCGCUCAAAAUUCACAUUAUGAGAAUGCAAACGAACGGCCAGAGUUUUCACUUCAUCUAUUUGUUCCCUGAGUGGAUUGAUCGGAUUAUCGUUUCACGAAAAUUCAAACUUGAUUCAAGCUUCUUAUUUGAGUUAUUUUUUCGGGACAUUGUUGACUGAUUGAACAGAGGUGGGAUCUAAUUGGACGUGUAAUGUAAAUCGAUGUUGCAUAAUUAAGUCAAUGUUGUUUGGGUAGAAUUGUAUGUGGAAAGUUGAUUCAAUUGCGUCUUCAUGACAAUCCAAUGUUAUGGAAAUUUUGAACCCAAACAUGUGUA